GUUGCACUUUCGUAAAUCCGCUUGUUUAGAAUGACGUUAAAACAAGUUACGCUCAUCUCUCUCGCUGAAACUGCUAAAUUUUACACCUCGUUAUGUUUGGGCACCGUAGCUUUUCUCUCGGUAUUUGCUUUUUUGUUUCUGAUUCCGUUCGUAGUUGAUCCGGCCAUAAAUAGUUUAUUAGCGGACUACGAACCUGAACCCGUCACUUGUGUCGCAACUGAGCACGUGUACGCGGAAGGUAUGCGAAAUUGCUCCUGGGCGUCGUGUCGGGAAGGCUGUACUCGCGAAGCAACUCGCUGCCACCAGAUAUUGGUAAAUUACUCCAGACUACCGUUUCGAGAUUGGAGACCUACCGCAUCUUUUCACUGGGACGUCGCAGAUACGCGCUUUCUCAUAAACGCCGAAGGUUGCGGAUAUCCUCCUUCGGUGAAUUGCUCAGAAUUUUCGCGGCAAUACGGGUACCAAACGGCCGGAACCCCAUUUCCGUGUUACUACAGCCGUGCCUACCCCGAAAUGGUGAUAGCGAGAUACUCCUGGGAUGAUACUCUGCGCCACUUAGUAUUGUCCAUUGCCAUUCCUAAUCUACUGUUUGCAGCAUCAAUUGGACUACUCAGCUAUUGGUACUGUCCCGGUUGCGGACGUGCUUGUCACAAAUACGUCCAUCAUUUUCCAGAUGACGAUGAAGAUUACGACGAUGAUCCAUAUUAAUUCAUUACUCGCUUAGUUUUAAUGAAUUUUGCAAAUUCGUGUUAAUAGGAUUAGGAGCACCUUAAUAACAUCAGCUUGUGCAAUAUACCAUACCUACACUUAUGCAUGGAUUUUAUUGUUAUUGCUACAAUUUUCUCUUUACAUAGUGUUCAAAUUUUAUAAAAUAAAAAUUUUGUUAUAAUUAA